CUGGAGUGUAGCUCAGGGGUAGAGUAUUACAGUACCUCCUGCAUGAGUCGACACAGAUACAGACACACAGACAGACAGACAGACAUACAGCAGGGCUUGGCUGCGACUCCUUGUAUAGUUCUUACCUCCACAACUGUGUUGUUGUUGUAUUAUCAUUGAUUUUGUUUGUGAGAGGCUGAGAGGGCUAUGUUGUCAGGCCUGUUGUGAAAAGCCUUUGCUGGGCAGAGGUGGGAGCUUCACGGGAGGACUACAUGCCAGGGAGCACUACACGCCAGGAACAUCUAUCCCAAGAUGGUGGGUGUUGCUCUCUUUAGCUUCUCACAUGGUUCUAUGGCCUGGUGUGUCUGAUUUGUGGUCAGAUGUUUUUGGUCCCAGCCCAGCUUCUUCAAGGACCAGUAAGUAUUCAUUCAGUUGUCUCCCUCUGUCCUAGGCACCUGGCCCAAAGUCUGUCUCUCAAGGUAGGGAAGCCCCCUGUCAGUGGUCUGUCCAAACCCAUGGUGGUCAACCUCCAGGGAGAAAGAGGCUUAUGCUGCCCACGACUUUGGCCUCAUUUGUUAGGUCAAGCCCCAGGACUCACACAUUGCUUUCAGGAUGUUCAUAGAUGUUGUGGGAGUUUGUGGGACCCCUCCCCCAAGCAGAAGAGCCAAGAAAGUUAUGUGCUGGUCGAGUCUCCGGGUUCUCUGGGUUUCUGUUUUCUCAUCAUUAGAUGGUGACCCCACCCUCCCCGAGUCACCCAGUGCGGAUGGAAAUGCUCUCCACCCACAUGAUGGCUUUAUUGCAUCAGAUUGAAUCGGGCCACUUCUAACUCUGGUGCACUUGUCUCUAUCCUUGGCUAGAAAAGGGGUACACUGGGCUGGAAGUCACCCCAGUCCCCCUUUCUCACGGGUCAGCCUGAUACUGCCAUGAACUGGUUCCCUCCAGUGGUGGCAAAGUUAUCCCUGAGGACUGCGUCAGUUCUCAGCUGGACAUGGUGACAGUGCUAGUCCUCUCUCCAGUUCUGUCACUUGGGGAUCCUGCUCUCAUAUGCUCCAGGACUGGGCUGGGAUUCUCAUCCCCACUUUGCCAAUAAUUAUCCCAAGAGGAGACAGACACUGCCCAGAUAGCUUAGCUUUGAUGCCCUUGGUGACCCAGGUUCUAUGUUCUAUCCCAGAGGAAGACAAAGCCUUAACGGGUCUGUCUAGAGAUACAGGAGGCAGGCUCCUGGGCCGUGGGCUGAAGUUAACACAAGUCCGAGUUGAGGUCGUGCAGUCGGGGUUUUGGGUAGGUGGGUCAGAGUGCUGUCUGCGGAGGCGGCGCUGUGGCCUCUGUACAUGUGCUUCCUUCUUCUCUAUCAGUGAUCAGGCUUGUAUAACAAGGGUGGCCCUGUUUCCUGCUCAGAGGCUAUCAGUGAGCCAUCUGCAGAUGCAAAUGACUCUUCUGACAGGGCCUCAGUAGAAUCAAGUAACCAGGCACUUCCUAAGGCUUAGCUUCUGGUCUCCAUCCACUUGUGGCUCCCCAGGGUUCUCAGGGCUCAGGGGCUCACUCUUUUGUGAGGCAGCUGAGAACAGUGGGUGACAGGCAGCUUUGUUAUCUAGGCAUCUGCUGCCUGUGUUUCCAGGACGGAACUCUGGGGUGAGCCUCUUUUAGGAGUUAACAGAGAAGAGAAUGCAUACCGGCUUGCCCUGUGACCCAGAGAAGAGCCCUGGCCCUCUUUGUGACUCCACUUCUGCCUUGUGAAUGAACAGCCUUUCACAUGACAGUUGUCAGAACCUAGGCAGAGCUGGUGUGGUGGCUCAUGCCUUUAACCCCGGCAUCCCAGCACUCAAGAAGCAGAGGCUGGAGGAUCUCUGAGUUCGAGUCCAGCCUCUUCUACAUCAUGAUUCCACAACAGUCAGAGAUACAUAGAGAGACUCUGUCUGAAACCUCCUUAAUGUCCCUCCAACAACUAUAACAGAAAAAAAAAAAAAGCAAGCCAGAAAGUGCAGGUUUGGCAGAGCCUAGGGUAACAUGGAGGGUGGCAUGAGAGUGUGGACAUGCUGCUGUCAGAGCCUGGGAUCAUGAAGACCUGAGUGGGAGGGGACAACCAGCAUGGAAGGUCCCAGCCUUUGGUUGGUUGGGCCAAGGGGCUUUUCUACCCCUCAGCUAAUCAGGGAAGCUGAGAGAUGUGUGCAGUCCUGUCCACAGGACACAUUAAAGGUACCUGCUGGGCAGAAUCGUGUGGGAAGCAUACCUCCUGCAGGGUGCCCAGCAAAGGGAGCACUUCCCACAGGGGACGCCUCCCACAGCAGUGCCUAGCAUGGGGGACGCCUCCCACAGGGUGCCUAGCACAGGGGACACCUCCCACAGCAGUGCCUUGCACAGGGGAUGCCUCCCACAGCAGUGCCCAGCACGGGGGACACCUCCCACAGCAGUGCCCAGCACGGGGGACACCACCUCCCACAGCAGUGUCUAACAUAGGGAACGCCUCCCACUGCGUGCCUUUCUCAGGCCCUACAGUUCUGUUUUUUGCAGGUUGGACCUUGGAGAGAGUGGCGGUGAAACAGGUCUCCUGGUUCCUGAUCUACAGCUGGGUCUGCUCUGGAGUCUGCCGGGGAGUCUCGGUCCCAGAGCAAGGAGGAGGAGGGCAGAAGGCUGGAGCAUUCACCUGUCUCAGCAACAGUAUUUACAGGAUCGACUGCCACUGGUCGGCUCCAGAGCUGGGCCAGGAAUCCAGGGCCUGGCUCCUCUUUACCAGUAACCAGGUGACUGAAAUCAAACACAAAUGCACCUUCUGGGACAGUAUGUGUACCCUGGUGCUGCCUAAAGAGGAGGUGUUCUUACCUUUUGACAACUUCACCAUCACACUUCACCGCUGCAUCAUGGGACAGGAACAGGUCAGCCUGGUGGACUCACAGUACCUGCCCAGGAGACACAUCAAGUUGGACCCACCCUCUGAUCUGCAGAGCAAUGUCAGCUCUGGGCGUUGUGUCCUGACCUGGGGUAUCAAUCUUGCCCUGGAGCCAUUGAUCACAUCCCUCAGCUACGAGCUGGCCUUCAAGAGGCAGGAAGAGGCCUGGGAGCAGGCCCGGCACAAGGACCGUAUCGUUGGAGUGACCUGGCUCAUCCUUGAAGCCGUCGAACUGAAUCCUGGUUCCAUCUACGAGGCCAGGCUGCGUGUCCAGAUGACUUUGGAGAGUUAUGAGGACAAGACAGAGGGGGAAUAUUAUAAGAGCCAUUGGAGUGAGUGGAGCCAGCCCGUGUCCUUUCCUUCUCCCCAGAGGAGACAGGGCCUCCUGGUCCCACGCUGGCAAUGGUCAGCCAGCAUCCUUGUAGUUGUGCCCAUCUUUCUUCUGCUGACUGGCUUUGUCCACCUUCUGUUCAAGCUGUCACCCAGGCUGAAGAGAAUCUUUUACCAGAACAUUCCAUCUCCCGAGGCGUUCUUCCAUCCUCUCUACAGUGUGUACCAUGGGGACUUCCAGAGUUGGACAGGGGCCCGCAGAGCCGGACCACAAGCAAGACAGAAUGGUGUCAGUACUUCAUCAGCAGGCUCAGAGUCCAGCAUCUGGGAGGCCGUCGCCACACUCACCUAUAGCCCGGCAUGCCCUGUGCAGUUUGCCUGCCUGAAGUGGGAGGCCACAGCCCCGGGCUUCCCAGGGCUCCCAGGCUCAGAGCAUGUGCUGCCGGCAGGGUGUCUGGAGUUGGAAGGACAGCCAUCUGCCUACCUGCCCCAGGAGGACUGGGCCCCACUGGGCUCUGCCAGGCCCCCUCCUCCAGACUCAGACAGCGGCAGCAGCGACUAUUGCAUGUUGGACUGCUGUGAGGAAUGCCACCUCUCAGCCUUCCCAGGACACACCGAGAGUCCUGAGCUCACGCUAGCUCAGCCUGUGGCCCUUCCUGUGUCCAGCAGGGCCUGACACCUACCAAGGGAUGUGGGCAUUCUCUUCCCUCCUAUCCUCGGAUGGCACCAGACACAGUCUCUGCGUGUCUCUGCUAGGUGCACCAUGUCUGUUUUGGGGAGAUGAACGAAAGGCCCCAGGCUGACCCUGGGGUGCGUGUGGAACUCCGGAGAGGAGGCAGCUGUGCACGGAUCAGAGGCAAUGCGGAUGGAAGCAGUAGACUGUGCCUUACCCCCCUGCUCUGCCUUUGUGGUGGGGAUGCCUCCAGGGUCAGCAUCUUAACAUCCGCCUUCGCUUCUCUUGUCUUUCUGGCUCUGUCCCAGGCCUGAAAAAAGAAUGUGACAAGCAGCCUGGUCUGUUCUUCCACCCCUAAAGGGCUGGCCUGGGCCCAGGGACACUGAUGAGACAACAUUGGUGAAGUGUCCCUUUUCAGUGCCUUUCCCAUUAAGACCAGAAGGGACGCUUUUGACUGCAGGCUGUGGGUGGCUGGGUACGGAGGGAAUGAUGGAGCUUUGAGCAGGUGGGGUUGUCCAUCUUUGAGCUUUUGGGGUUCCAAGAUCAGCUGGAAGGAGUCUCACCGACUGAUUCAAAGAAGUCUUACCCAUCUGUGAUAUUUUCUUUCCUGGUGCCGUGAUAAAACACCGUGACCAAAAAUGACUUACAAAAGGAAGAGUUGGCUUGGUUUAAGGUUCCAGAGGUGUGGAGACAUGGCAGCCAGCGGCACACAUGGCAGUGAGGACAGGAAGCUGAGAGCUCACAUCUCAACCAAAAGUUGAGUGAACUGAAAGUACUAUCCCCUCCCCCACCCCAACUCCAGCAAGGCUCCACCCCCCUGAAGGUUCCAUGCCUCCCUAAACAGCUCGGCCAAAUAGAGACCAAGUGUUCAAAUAUCUGAGUCUGUGGGGGACAUUUCUCAUUCAAACCACUUCACUGCCCCCACUGUUCCUAGGAAAAAGCUGAAGCCAGGGCUACUGGACAGGGUUGGGAAUGGCUAUUUCUCAGCAGCCGGCCUGUGAAGAAUGACGAUGCCCCUAACUGCCUUCUGAGGUAGCCUGGAGAGAGCUGUGGGUGGGCUAGAAUGUGGCUGUUAUUUUCCUAGGCUUGCCCUAACAGAAUACCAGAAACCGGGUGGCUAAUACCGUAGAUUUGUUUUCUCUCUGCUCUGAGGUCCAUGGGUCUGGAAUGGAGACACCAGGAAGGCCAUGCUCCUGGAGGGAAGGGUUUGUUUCCAGCCCUGCUUCACAUUCCCCUCUGAGUGUCCUCUUGCGUACUGAGACUAGAUGCUACCCAAUGACGGGGACAGGUUGUGUCUCAUACUCUUGCAUGUGAGCAGAGAUUGUGACCUAGAAGGCCAAAACAGGCUGAGCAGUUGGCCACGUUUGUGCAGAUUUGGAGCCAUAAAGCACUGGCCUAACAGAAGUCCUCUUGCUCCUUGAAGGGCUCUUAAAGGGCAAGCGUGGGAACAAUGCUAGUGUGAGGACUAUUUCCAAGCCUGUGACACCGUGCAAGAGACGGUCGAACUACUGCGCAGGGUCCAUGGAGCGCAGAGUCCAUGGAGCGCAGAGAGGAACUGCAUGCAGCAUUGUGAGCUCAGAGCUGGUGUCCUGGGAAGGCUCACAAUGCUGACCCCAGGGAAAGCAUUCACUCACGGGACCGUCCAUGGCAUAACACCCUAGUUAGGACCAAGAGAGCCGAGUGUCCCUGCCGUCCAGUUCCCUGCCUCACCUGCUGGCAGAUGGAGAUUUAAAAACAGUGAUCGCGUUAUUUAGAAUAAGUCAGCUCAGUGGAGUCAACAUUUCUCAGGCAGAAGAGAUUUCUAGUUUGUUAGUAAGCUAACAACAAAAUAGUUAAAUAGGGUUUAUCUUUCAUUUAAAUAAUUACCCUCCCUUUUUGUGUGUGUGAAGAUAGGUUCAGUAUAUAUACCUGCAUAAAUACUACCCUGGCUUCUACCGUUCUUUUCUUGAUCCCGAGGUUUUACUGCUACACAGUAUAAAUCAGUCAACGUAAAACAGCACCAAGGUUUGUGUGUUGUGUAGGUGUGAAUACAAGUAAAGAGUAAAAUUUUACAAAAGGCAAUUUAAGAAUUUGGGAAUCUGGGGCUUUUUACCAUACUCCUGUCACACCAUCCCCAUGACUGUCAAGGCCCUUACGGAAAGAAGUAAGAUGUAAUUGAUGAGACUAAUUGUCAGCAAAUAUUUCAAAACAUAGCACUAACCCUAGGCAGUGGUUACUAGGCAGUCCCCCCACCAUUUGCCUGGGUGUGUAGUUAAUGUCAGUUACUUAGAAACCCGAGGAAGGAUGGAGAAGCUCCGGGUCUGUGGGAAUUCAUUCAAAAUACAACAGCAACAGCUCACAAGAAUGCUCGCCGGGCAGUGGCGGUGCAUGCCUUUAGUCCCAGCACUUGGGAGGCAGAGGCAGGUGGAUUUCUGAGUUUGAGACCAGCCUGGUCUACAGAGUGAGUUAGUUCCAGGACAGCCAGGACUACACAGAGAAACCCUGUCUCAAAAAACCAAAGACAAACAAACUAAAGAUUUAUUUUUAUUUAAUGAAAAUGUACAAAGUCUGAAUAAAGCAUUUUGGGAUCCGCCAUCCGGUCUCUGCAUAUACAGAUGACACAUUCUCAGAGAUGAGUCUCCUUUGGCUGUAAAGAUCUGUGUGAGAAUGGCAUUUUCUUCCAGUGUCUAAGGGUAAGGAUGAGAAGCCUCAGAUGGACACAAUCAGAUCGUCUUGGAGGUGAUUUUUCUGCAUAAUUUUGUCGGUGAUGAUUUACUUCCACAUCAACGCAUGGCAUCUAGAAAACUUUAAGCAAUAAAGAUUUUUCUGGGGUGAGGGUGUGGCUCAAAGCUGGUUAAAGUAUUUUAACCCAGUGUGAGAGGCCCUAGUUAGUGCCAUAAGAAAACCUUCCCAGAUUCUCUGUAUUAGUGCUUUUCAUCUCUAUUACAAUUAUCUUAAGGUCUGAAAUGUGAAUAAAGGCUUUCUAUAUUUAUACAUCUUCAAAUAAUUAUAUUCUCUUAUAAAUAGAUAACUAUAUCAUGCUGUUCUUUUCAUUGUGUGCAUUUUAAUAAAAUUUUUUUUUUUUCCAUUAA